GUCCUGGCAAGUUGCACAUUCUAAUUGAGGGGGAAGAGAAAGUAGGUGAGUUUGCGGAGAUUGGCCUCCGGGAGCAGGAGAAUUCAUCCGACUGGGAGAUUAGGUUGAAGCAGAGUGACACAUAGCAGGGGCCUUAGCAGUUGGGAGUCUCCCUCUGCGGACAGAACAGCCAGAACGGCCAGAAGCUCAGAGUGACUUGUCAGAGCGGCCACAGUGGGGAGGGGGGAGCCCGGGCCUUCGCAACUUCCCUCAUCCUCCUUCUCAGUCUGAAUUGUCAAAGAGGGAGCAACUGACUGACAGAGACAGACCUUCACAUACAGCUCACAUAUUCCACACUGGAGCUAUGGGGACAGUGAGUGAACUUUGCGUGUCCAGCCUUCAGACAUUCUUAUGUCCAGCUGUGAAGACGCUCCAGCAAGCUCCAGUGCCGGACGACCUCACCCCGGAGGAGCAGCAGGAGCUGGAGAAUAUCCGCCGGCGCAAGCAGGAGCUGCUGGAGGACAUUCAGCGGCUGAAGGAUGAGAUAGCAGAAGUGACAAGUGAGAUUGAGAACCUGGGUUCCACUGAGGAGAGGAAAAAUAUGCAGAGGAAUAAACAGGUGGCCAUGGGCCGUAAGAAAUUCAACAUGGACCCCAAAAAGGGGAUCCAGUUUCUGAUUGAGAAUGACUUGCUGAAGAAUACCAGCGACGACAUUGCUCAGUUCCUUUACAAGGGUGAGGGCCUCAACAAAACAGCCAUUGGCGAUUACCUCGGAGAGAGAGAUGAAUUCAAUAUCCAAGUCCUCCAUGCCUUUGUGGAGCUUCAUGAGUUCACAGACCUCAACCUGGUUCAGGCCCUAAGACAGUUCCUGUGGAGUUUUCGACUACCAGGAGAAGCUCAGAAGAUCGACCGCAUGAUGGAGGCGUUCGCUCAGCGCUACUGCCAGUGCAACUCUGGCGUUUUCCAGUCUACAGACACCUGUUACAUCCUGUCCUUUGCCAUCAUCAUGCUAAACACCAGCCUCCACAACCCCAAUGUGAAGGACAAGCCUACCGUGGAAAGAUUUAUCUCCAUGAACAGAGGCAUCAACGAUGGAGGAGACCUACCUGAAGACCUGCUCAGGAAUCUGUAUGAGAGCAUCAAGAAUGAGCCAUUCAAAAUCCCAGAGGACGACGGCAACGACCUCACACACACUUUCUUCAACCCAGACAGAGAGGGCUGGCUGCUAAAACUGGGGGGACGAGUAAAAACCUGGAAGAGACGGUGGUUCAUCCUCACAGACAACUGUCUGUACUACUUUGAGUACACCACAGACAAAGAGCCCAGAGGAAUCAUCCCACUGGAGAACCUGAGCAUCAAGGAGGUGGAGGAUAAGAAGCCAAACUGCUUUGAGCUUUUCAUUCCUGACAACAAGGACCAGGUGAUAAAAGCAUGCAAGACUGAGGCUGAUGGACGUGUUGUGGAGGGCAACCACACCUUCUACCGUAUCUCUGCCCCCACUGCUGAGGAGAAAGAUGAAUGGAUGAACAGCAUCAAAGCUGCCAUCAGCAGGGACCCCUUUUACGAGAUGCUGGCGGCCAGGAAAAAGAAGGUGUCGUCCAUGAAGAGGCAUUAAACCUGCUCAGCGCUCCAGACGUUGCACUUGACAGAGCAGGGGGUCUGGGUAUCUGAUCGCCCUGUCUGGGCCGGUGCAGAGGCCACGGUUGAGGUCUGCCUCAGACCUCUCUGGGGGGAAUUCUCUAGGAUACACAUACUAGCUCUGGCUUUGGAACUCUACUGGCCUGAAAAACAGGAAGCAUGCUGGGUUUCUAGAUAAGAGUCAGGGCCAAAGCCUCCUCUAACCUCCUGUCUGAAUGUCUCUCUUUCUCUCUCAGCUUUGUGUGUGCUCUCUGUCUAGGAAGUCGAAAGGGAAAUCUUGCUGCAGCAAAAUCCCCUUUGAAGAUGCUUUAAAAAGAACACAGUUCCCAUAUACAUUGCAUACGUACACACAACAUGCAUACACUCAUGCAGUCCCCUGUAGCACACAUCGUUUUAACUCAGCAGGUCUGACCGAGUGUGGCGCCCCAACCAAAAUAUUCCUCGCUUUAUGGAAGAGAAGUUAAGACCUUUUCUGAUGUGCUUUAAUAUGUUUGGGUAAUACGUGUAUUUUUACAGCUUUUACUGUUGAUUCCUCUCGAGUCUUCUUUGUUGGUUUGCUUUUGUAAAAUAAGACGGUCUUGCAACUGAAACUGCAGGUGUGGGGGGGUUGUAAUUUGCCAACUGUUAGUGAUUUUUUUAGAAAAAAAAAACAAAAAAUUAUGUUUUAAAAAAAAUAAUUAAAAAAAGAAGUUGCCACUCAGGAGAUUGUUACGAUGUUCUGAAACUUUCUAUCAUAAGCGCUGACGUGGAUCCCGUUCAAAACACGACAGCCGGCGCAAAGAGCGAAAACUUCGUCUGUGCCCCCAACUGAACUGUUUUUGUAAAUGUGAAGCCGCAGCGUGGGGACGCACCGCUGCAGGUGAGGGUAUCUGCUUGUCUGGACAGGGUCUCAGUGUUGGAUCUGGCUCUCACUGUUCAUUUCCUGAAGGUCCUCGAGAUGCAUCCUGGGGAUUAGUGUAUUUUAAAGGGAUGAGUGUCCAUCAGCCUGGGACCUCUUUCUGGGGUCUUAGGUUGCCUGGGAAACCGACAUGUUGGUCCCCUUUUAUUUUCUCUCCCUAUACAUUUUUUUCUUGCUCUCACCUUGUCUCAAACACAAGACCACUUUCUUUUACUGUAUCAUAAAAAAAGCAAUUUAUUUGUUAGAAAAGUUACUUUAGUGCUGCACAGUGCCUGGUGCUCUAGAUGAAAUAUGAUGAGAAAUGCUGCUGGUUAGCGACAGUAAUUCACGGUUUUCUUUCGAGCAACAUUCAAUCUUUGUCUCCUUUUUCUUUGUAGACGGAUACCUAUUUAAUGGUAAAACAAUAAAACAAAUCACAUCUACAGCCCAACCUCAUGAUCAUUGUACAAUACUGUGUGCUUCAGGUUGUUUAUGUAUAAGACAUUAUAUAUAUAUAUAUAUAUAUAUAUAUAUAUAUAUAUAUAUAUAUAUAUAUAUAUAAAAAGCUUUAAAGCAGCACAAAUAAAUGUGUGGUGAAGCUAUGCCUGGAAAGGAAUGGGUCGUCCCCGUCUCAGGAAGCGCGAUGUGAAAUAAUACAAAACUACUGCUCGUGUCAGGAACGUACUGUGGUGAAGCAAAAGAUAGAGGGCACGGUGGCUGACAGGUCACUAUAGGGCAGUGACACGUCACCUUGUCAAACAGCAAAAACUGCGCCGAGGUACAAUUUUUUUGCAAAUGCAGUCUGAGUUGUGCAUCAAGCCAGCUGUCUUUUCUACUCUUUGUCUACACUUGUCUCCUCUCUCAUCUGUGCCUGCUGGUCAUUACUCCGCGCUCCCUGCCUGUUCCGUUUCCUGGUUCUCUUCUUCUCUGCUCCUCUCAGCGCACUAAUCCUAGAGAAAUACGGAGAAAUGCUCAACAAUCAUAAUUCUAGACAGUAUUGGUUUAUUUAUCAAAGUUGUACAUACUUAAAUGUAUAGUGGGUAUUUUGUCCUCAUUUUGUUUCUUAUUAGUUGUGCCAUUUUCCUUUGUUAUUCUGUUCAGUAAUGUUUGAUUUGAGGUUUCUAUCAUUGCCAUUUAAUCAAGCUGAAAUAAAGAUUUAUCACAAACA